CGAACACCAACGAAGACAACCUCCCCUCUUCUUCCCUUCCUCCCUCCCUCCUCCCCUUCACGCCUAAUGUUGCUGUACCUCCAACCCUCCCCUCGUAUCAGAGGAGUAGAAACAACAAGCCGCCAUUUUGUUUGUGAGGACAGACCGUCAGAAACAGGAGGAGAUAACCGAGAGAAGGACCAAAUCUGGCCCCCUACGACAGUCGCUCCGGGAACCGCCGGGGGAAGAAAGAGUGGUGAAAUCCUGUCCGUGUUAUCAAGAAAGCCAAAGCAUCACCAAAAAGAUAAGACGUCAGUGGAGGGAAAACCGAGUCGGUGAUAUAUAUGUAUACAUGAGAAGGAAAUACUCCGAAAAAUCCAAGGAAGGGGGUGUUUUGCGGAGCGGAGACGGAGAGGAGAGGCGGAAGGGAGCUAUAUAUUAUCAUAACGAGGAAAAACCUGCGAAAAAGGGGAAAACACCAACAUGAAAAAUCAUUAUGUGUCCGUCGCGGAGGAAGGAAAGAGCCCGCAUAGACAAUUAUAUAAAUAAAUUGCUGCCGGGCAGAAGGGAGAGGUGGAAAGAAAGACGGGUUUAAAGAGAAGGGGAAAAUUGCCAGGAUCAACACGAAGGGGGGUAUUCUCCAUCACAAAGAGUCAAUGAGAGGAUUUUGUCAGCCCAAAAUAAUUUAGGGGGGUGUCAACAUCAUUGUGCCGAUCUGAAGCUUUCCGCUUCCGAAAUAGCCAUAAUUUCUUAACGAUCCACCGUCAAAUUUGGUCACAUUUUCGCCGGUCGCCCUAGCUGUGCUCCUGUUUUUUGUGAAGAUCUUUCUGUUUCUCUUCGCUUGCACGGCAAAGACAGCCUAUAAGCAGUGAUUGACAGGUGUAUUUUUUUGGGAUAUUUAUCAUUCUUUUCAUUAUCUGAGAUUUCAAGAGUUUUUAAACCAAGCGAAAACCGGAGGAAGAACCUCUUCUGGAGCACAAGAUAACUAACCCCACAGAUCGUCCUCUGCAAAAUAAAACUAAUUGGAUCAAUCUGACUGCCCGCUGAUUGCCAAUUAGCGCUGUGAUUGGCCUCAAGAACUUUACUGUCAAAGAAAUAAAGUCUGCAUCCGAAUCUGUUGCACAAAAACUGUGAUUUUUGACAAGAUUUUCUAUUUUCAACCUCUGCCAACCCUGCUGACUGCAAGACGCAUAAUCGCGCAAAAGGGUUGCAACAACCAAAUGUGCAAUACGAGUCUGUUCUUUCUGACCCAGUGCCUUGCAUGGCCAUACACUAAGUGCACAAUUUAGUCUGCUUGCACAUGCAAAAGAGAACUCGUGCAUGGAAAUAGACAACCGCAAUAGAUUUUCUUUUUAUCUGAGUUACUGCAAGUGUGGGACUCCGGUGUUUUCACCUCUCUGCAGAACUAUUACUCCAUCUAUUCAGUUACUGUUAAGCCAAUGCACAUUGUUUCUCAGUAUUGCACUUGAGACUGCCACUUACGCUUUAACUGUAUUUUUAAAGCUACUGCUGGUGGUCUCCACACUGGCUUACUGCCUUUUUGAUUAGCAAACAUAAAGGAAUCGGUGGCAUUGAGAGCAGGGGGAUGUCUGGUAAGGUGAGAGAAACGGUAAACGCAACCGAGGAUCUCAUAACUGUUGCAUGAGAUAUUGGCCUUCAGAAGUUAACACAGGACUACCACUGGCUUGCGUUUUUGGAUCACAAUUACCAUUUUUCUACCCACACCGAGGUUCUCCACCGGCGCGUUUCAGACUUUAAAUACAGGAUUUCUCCGCUGACUAUGGCGGGCAGGACUGAGUGCAUCACGGACGACGGAUCUUGGGACAGUUUUUGUGUCGCAGAAGAGGCUACAUGAGGUUGUCAGAGGGCCGUACGCUUGCCCUUUUUGCCGACUCCACCUUCCCACCUCCUCCUCUUCAAAUCUGUGAAGAAACAAAAUCUCCAACAGGGGAGGGGGACUGAUAUCUGCAGAGAGGAAUAAACCGAGAGGGAGAACUGUGAGGGAAGGAGUUCAGCAUUGCUGUCUUCUCCCCUACCGUCCCCCAAGCGGUGGGGGAACGAUCAGAAGUAUUUCUUUAAGGAAUAAGGAGACGCAAAUAGGGGAAAUACGUCUGCCCUCCUCGGAUCUACAGCAUUAUUUUAAUUCGUCAAAAAUAUGGCCGAUAAUGUCCUGGAGUCCGGCCCGCCUUCAGCCAAGAGGCCCAAGCUGUCCUCUCCAGCUCUCUCGGUGUCUGCCAGUGAUGGGAAUGAUUUUGGUUCACUCUUUGACCUGGAGCAUGACCUCCCAGACGAGCUCAUCAGUUCCUCAGACCUGGGGUUGACCAACGGAGGGGAUGCCAGCCAACUCCAUACCAGUCUUGGAGGGGUCGUAGGAGGGAUUGGUGUGGGAGGAGGCCAGGAUGCGGCUGCAAAACACAAACAGCUGUCUGAACUCUUGCGCGCUGGAGCACCAGCACAGCAGGGUGGUCCUACUUCCAACAGCCCCGCACCUGGGGCUUCCAUGGGGAUGAUGGGGGGUGUCAGUGUUUCCCCUGGUGGACCUCAAGGCAUUCCCCCCCAGGGGCAGCAGCAGCAACCUGGAUUAAUGCAACAGGUUGGGAUGGUCGGAGGGGUUGCAGCUCUUAAUCGGGCAUCUGCCAUGAUGGGUGCCCAGAAGGGCAACACUGGACAGCAACAGCAAGGGCUGAUGGGGGGGCAGGUGAUGAAUGGGUCAACCAGAAUGGGUUACCCUGGCAGUGCAGGCAUGGGUAACAAUAGUAACUUGUUGGCAGAAACGCUACAGCAGCAGCAGGGCGGCCAGCCAAUGGUCCCGGGGGGUCAAACAGGGAUGAGACCACAGCAACCCGGCACACUGAACAAGAUGAAUAUGAUGGCCAAUGCGGGCCCCUAUGGCGGUCCGUAUGGCCAGUCUGCUGGCCAGGGGCUGCCUGGAGCAGGGCUGGGCUCACAGCUCCAGAAUAAGGCAGGCCUGCCCAACAGUAUGGCCGCACAGUUCAACAUGGACAAGAAGGCGCCACCGGGUCAAGGCAUGCCUGGGAUGGCCUCUCAGCAGCAGCCACCUGGAGCGGUUGGCGGUGUAUCUGUCGGUGCUGCAGUGGGAGGCGCCCAGGUUGGGCUCAAUGCCGUAGGGGCAGGUCCCGGCACAGCGCCCCCUACUGCAGACCCUGAGAAGCGGAAGUUAAUUCAACAGCAGCUGGUCCUCUUGCUCCAUGCACACAAGUGCCAGCGGAGGGAGCAGGCCAAUGGCGAAGUGCGGCAGUGCAAUCUGCCCCACUGCCGCACCAUGAAGAAUGUGCUCAACCACAUGACUCAUUGCCAAGCUGGCAAGUCCUGCCAGGUGGCACACUGUGCCUCAUCCAGACAGAUCAUCUCUCAUUGGAAGAACUGCACACGACAUGACUGUCCUGUAUGCUUGCCACUGAAAAACGCUGGAGACAAGAGGAACCAGCAGUCUCUUGUCAACAGUGCAGGGGUGGGUUUGGUGAACUCUUUAGGUUCAGGUGUGCCAGGUGGACAGUCCAACACUUCAAAUCUGAACCCUCCCAACCAGAUUGACCCCAGCUCCAUAGAGAGGGCCUACGCUGCACUAGGCCUCACUUACCAGGGCAACCAGAUGCCACAGCAGCAACCACAGGCCAACAUGCCAAACCAGGGGCUGCAGGGGCAGCCUGGGAUGAGGACUCUAAACACCAUGGGAGGAAAUUCUAUGGGUGUGAAUGGUGGAGUGGGAGUGCAGCCCCCCAACCAACAGUCCACCCUACUACCAGAUGCCAUGUUGCACAACAACAUGAAUGCACAGAGUUUGAUGAAUGACGGUGUGGGGAACCUGGGCUCCAUGCCCACAGCAACUCCUCCUUCUGCUGCAGGCAUAAGGAAGUCUUGGCAUGAAGACAUUACACAGGAUCUCCGCAACCACCUUGUCCACAAACUCGUGCAGGCCAUCUUCCCCACUCCUGACCCAGCUGCACUGAAGGAUCGGCGGAUGGAGAAUCUGGUGGCUUACGCUAGAAAAGUAGAGGGGGACAUGUACGAGUCAGCCAACAGUAGGGCGGAGUACUACCAUCUGCUGGCAGAAAAGAUCUACAAGAUCCAAAAGGAGCUGGAGGAAAAGAGGAGGACACGGCUCCAGAAGCAGGGCAUGAUGCCUGGCCAACCUGGAUUACCUUCCUCAGGCCUCCCCCAGGGGCCUCCCAGCAUGGGACAGCCGCCCAUGGCCCCGGGGCAACCCCCAAAUGGUUCUCACGCCGAUCCGUCCAUGGUCCGGCCAGCUGGACCCAAUCAGAUGGUCAACAGGAUGCAGAACCCAGCAGGAAUAAACCAGUUUGGUCAGAUGGGGAUGCAAUCAAUGGGUCAGAGAUCGACACCUCCUCUUCCUCUUAAUGCUCCAAUGAACCAGAUGGGUAUGGGAGCAACAAGAAUGGGGCAACCCAAUGCCACCCAGUUACAGAACCAGUACCUUCCCGCAAGCCAGUUUCCUGGGUCCAGUCCUGGACUUGGUUCUGGUCCUGUUGGCAUGAACCAGCAAGGGUCCCAGACUGCAGUACCACCGCAGAACCAGAUGUCAACGCCGCCUUCCCUCCCAGCCAGCAGCCCUGCAGCACAGUCCGCGUCUUCUACUCCUGGCUCCGGAGCCCCUGGAGGCUCCAUGGGGUCCAGUAGUGCCAGUGGUGCUGGGCCUCUACCCAGCCUACCUCCAUCCUCCACCACCACCCAGCCCAACUCCUACCCUCACUGCCCAUCCAUCCGAACCAACUCCCCAUCACCAGCACGCAGCUUAACGCCUCAACCCCAUCAAACGCCCCCCACGCUACCUGGUUCUCAGACCCCACAGCCACAGACCCCAAGCACACCCCAGCUGCCCCCCCCACAGCACCCCCAGCAGCAACAACAACCACAACAACAGCAACCGAUGGCUGCUGCUGUGAAGCAGCAGCCAUCGGGGCUAAACUCUGAGAAGGCCAGUCAGCUUCCACAGCAGCCGCUUGGGGGUGUGGCGUCCUCAGGCCCCCAAGCAGGUCAGGCUUCUUCAGUGCCUAACCAGAAUGCUCAUGUGCCACUGCAGCUGCCCCAGACCCCACUGUCUGUGAAGCCUUCUCUGACAGCAGAUGGUCAGGUAUCUUCUCCGGCCUCAGUCAACAGCAGUAUUGAUCCCAGCUCCCAGCUUGCACCAGCAGAUGGCCCUGCUCCCAGCCAGGAAGAGGUUAAAAUGGAGGUGAAGAAGCAGGAAGAGGAUGACGAAGGGGCGGAAUCACAAAGAGAAGGCAAGGGAAAGAUGGGCAAGGGUCAGCCUGACAUAAAGAUGGAGGAGAAACCAGAGAUAAAGAAAGAGAAGCCUUUGGGAGAUGGCUUUAAAGGCGAGCCCAUGGAUACAUCUUCGUCAUCAGUAUCAUCAUCAAUAGCAACAGGUGAAGACAAGAAGCCAGAGGUGAAGAAAGAGCCCAAACAGGAAGAGGACGGGUCAGGGUCAACAGUCAGUAACAGCUCCCCAGCCAGCACUCAGAGCAAGAAGAAAAUCUUUAAGCCGGAGGAGCUGCGUCAGGCUCUGAUGCCCACCCUGGAAGCUUUGUACCGGCAGGACCCUGAGUCCCUUCCCUUCCGUCAGCCGGUGGACCCCCAGUUACUGGGAAUACCCGUACGUAUUCGAACUAGUAACAAAACUAACCUGGACUACUUUGACAUUGUGAAGAACCCCAUGGACUUGUCGACCAUCAAGCGGAAGCUGGACACAGGACAGUAUCAAGAGCCGUGGCAAUAUGUCGAAGAUAUCUGGCUGAUGUUCAACAACGCCUGGCUGUACAACCGCAAGACAUCCCGCGUCUACAAGUACUGCUCCAAGCUGGCAGAGGUGUUUGAGUCGGAGAUCGACCCUGUCAUGCAGGGCCUGGGAUACUGUUGUGGGAGGAAGUUUGAGUUCUCCCCUCAAACUCUAUGCUGCUAUGGAAAACAAUUGUGCACCAUCCAACGUGACGCUGCCUACUUUAGCUACCAGAACAGUUCACCAAAAUAUGGGCUUCUUGCUGACAGGUACCACUUCUGUGAGAAGUGUUUCAACGAAAUCCAGGGCGAGAAUGUUUCCCUGGGUGACGACCCCUCCCAGCCUCAGGCGUCCAUCAACAAAGACCAGUUCCAACGAAAGAAGAAUGACACACUUGAUCCUGAGUUGCUUGUGGAAUGUAUUGACUGCGGUCGUAAAAUGCACCAGAUCUGUGUCCUGCAUAAUGAAACCAUAUGGCCCUCAGGCUUUGUGUGCGACAACUGCCUCAAAAAGGCAAAUAAGUCGCGGAAAGAGAACAAAUAUGCAGCCAAAAGGCUUCCCCAGACCAAGUUGGGGAGCUAUUUGGAGACGCGAGUGAAUGACUACCUCAAGCGGCAGAGCCACCCCGAAUCUGGCGAGGUCACCAUCCGAGUGGUCCAUGUCUCAGACAAGGUGGUUGAGGUCAAGCCAGGCAUGAAGUCCAGGUUUGUGGACAGUGGAGAGAUGGCUGAGUCCUUCCCAUACAGAAUGAAAGCCUUGUUUGCGUUUGAGGAUGUAGACGGAGCAGAUGUGUGUUUUUUUGGCAUGCACGUUCAAGAGUACGGCUCGGACUGCCCGCCUCCCAAUCAGAGGCGAGUGUACAUCUCUUACCUGGACAGCGUGCAUUUCUUCAAACCUCGACACCUCAGGACUACUGUCUACCAUGAGAUCCUGAUAGGCUACCUGGAGUAUGUCAAGAGGCAGGGGUUUACAACAGGUCAUAUCUGGGCCUGUCCACCCAGUGAAGGGGACGAUUAUAUCUUCCACUGUCAUCCAGCGGACCAGAAGAUCCCCAAGCCAAAACGCCUGCAGGAGUGGUACAAGAAGAUGCUCGACAAGGCUGUUGCUGAGCGAAUUGUCCAUGAUUACAAGGACAUCUUCAAGCAGGCAACAGAGGACCGGCUGACCAGUGCCAAGGAGCUGCCAUACUUUGAGGGAGACUUCUGGCCCAAUGUACUGGAGGAGAGUAUCAAGGAGCUAGAGCAGGAGGAGGAGGAGAGGAAGAGGGAGGAGAACAGUACUUCCAAUGAGAGCACGGAUGCCACGAAAGGAGACAGCAAGAAUGCCAAAAAGAAGAACAAUAAAAAGACGAGCAAGAACAAGAGUAGCUUGAGCCGAGCCAAUAAGAAGAAACCCGGGAUGCCCAAUGUUUCCAAUGACCUUUCUCAGAAACUCUAUGCCACCAUGGAGAAACAUAAGGAGGUCUUCUUUGUCAUUCGCCUCAUUGCCGGCCCCACUGCCAACUCCCUGCCCCCCAUCACUGAUCUGGACCCCUUGAUGGCCUGUGACCUUAUGGAUGGCCGUGAUGCCUUCUUGACUCUGGCCAGGGACAAGCACUUGGAGUUCAGCUCUCUCAGGAGAUCCAAGUGGAGCUCCAUGUGUAUGUUGGUGGAGCUGCACAACCAGAGCCAGGACCGCUUUGUCUACACCUGUAAUGAGUGUAAACACCAUGUGGAGACCCGCUUCCACUGCACUGUCUGUGAGGACUAUGACUUGUGCAUCACCUGCUACAACACCAAAGGUCAUGAGCACAAGAUGGAUAAACUGGGGCUUGGGCUGGAUGACGACAGCAACAACCAGUCAGCAGCAGCUAUCCAGAGCCCCGCAGACUCCCGUCGCCUAAGCAUUCAGCGGUGCAUCCAGUCACUGGUCCAUGCAUGCCAGUGCCGCAAUGCCAACUGCUCCCUGCCAUCCUGCCAGAAGAUGAAGCGUGUUGUUCAGCACACAAAAGGUUGCAAGCGCAAGACGAAUGGUGGCUGCCCCAUCUGCAAGCAGCUCAUUGCUCUAUGUUGCUACCAUGCCAAACUCUGUCAGGAGAACAAAUGUCCCGUUCCAUUCUGUCUGAACAUCAAGCAAAAGCUGCGGCAGCAGCAGCUGCAGCACAGGCUCCAGCAGGCUCAAAUGUUAAGGAGAAGAAUGGCCAGCAUGCAGAGGGUGGGGCAGCCGGCUGGAGGGCCUGGGGUAGGACUUCCAUCACCAGGGAACAAUGGUACUACAGCACCCAGUACCCCAACGUCUGGUGGAACCCAACCCCCAACUCCCCAGACCCCAACUCAGAGCAUGCCUCCAGUCCCACAGCAGGGAAUGGGCCCAGGACCUGGAGUCCAGCAGCAGCAACAGCAGCCAGGUGGGAUGCCCUCACAAGGUGGCAUGCCUCCUCAGCACACCCUUCACCACCAGUUUCAGCAGAUGGCAGGUGGAGGUGGUGGGGCUGGCGGGAUAGUGAGUUCUCCCCAACAUCAGCAGCAGAUGCUUCCUCAGGUCCAGCAGCAGCAGCAAAGUGGAGCAGGGACCAACCCUCAACAGCUCCAACAGCACCCCAACAAUUUGCCUCCAUAUGCCAGCAGACCCCUGGGCUCCUCUCCAGUCCACCAGUCCCAGGGCAAACCAGUCCUUGGCUCUGCAACACCUCCCCAGCAGCAUCCUGGUGGAACUGUCAUGGCUGGAAGUGUUGGGGGCCCACAACCUCCUAGCCAGCCCCAGGGCCAGCCUCCCCUUCCACAGCAGCAACAGCAGCCUCCUUCUGGCCCUCCACCGGCAGCAGUAGAAAUUGCCAUGAAGAUCCAACAGCUAGCUGAUGCUCAGAGGAAGAUGGCUCUGCAAAGACAAGCGGCCCAGGCAGCUGCAGGCUUGAUGCCUCCUCACCCACACCAUCAACAGGGGCAAGGUCAACAGAUGGGCAUGGGACACCCGGGGGCAGUAGGGAUGGUUGGACCUCAGGGCAUACCACCACAGACAGCAGUAGUGGCAGCUGCUCGGGCCCACAUGGAUCAACAACAAAGCGCUCCGCCAGGGAUGAUGGUUGGUGCUGGGGGGCCUAUGCAGCAACCCCCUCAGCAGGGUAACCUGCCUCAGGGCCAGCUCCCCGCUCAGGUGCAGCUUCAACAGCAGAGGAUGGGUACACCACUUCAAAACCCUCAACAGCAGCAACAACAGUGGGCAGGCCAGGGGAUGCCACCCCAGCAGAGACAAGCUAUGAUGAACCAAAUGGGCCAUCCAUCCAUGAUGGCAGCUCAACAACAGCAGCAGCAAAUGCAGCAGCAGCAAAUGCAGCAGCAGCAGCAGCAGCAGCAGCAGCAACAGCAGCAGCAGCAGCAGCAACAGCAGCAGCAGCAGCAACAGCAGCAGCAGCAGCAGCAGCAACAGCAGCAGCAGCACCACCACCACCACCACCACCACCACCACCACCAACAAGCUCAGGGCCAUGCUGCCUUGAUAAACAUGGCACAACAGCAGCAGCAGCAAGGUGCUGGGGGCGGGGUCCCUGGAGCUACUGGUGUCCCAGGGGCUGGUGCUGCUGGUGGGAACAUCCCCCAGGCAGCUCUCCAGGACCUUUUAAGGACUCUCCGCUCACCUAGCUCACCACUCCAGCAGCAGCAAGUCCUCAACAUCUUGCGGUCUAAUCCGCAGCUCAUGGCUGCUUUUAUUAAGCAGAGGGCCUCAAAAUACAAGGGGGUGCAGGGGGGCCCUGGUGGACCAGGUGGUGUUCCGGGAGUUCCUGGUCCCACAGGGGGUCCUGUUGGUAAUGUCAUGGCAGGAGGGGGCCCACAGGUGAACGUAAAUACUGCAGGUGCUGGCCAGCCGGGGAUGCACAUGGGGGGUCAGGGAGGGGCGAAUGUCAACAUGGCCACUAUGGCCCAACUACAGCAAGUGCAGCAGCAGCAACAGCUACAGCAGCAGCAGUUACAACAGCAGCAGAGGCCAAUGCUCAGUGGUUUACAGCAGCAGCAAGUGGCAGCUCUCCAGCAGCAACAGCAGCAGCAAGGGGGAGGAAGGGGUAUCCAGGGCCAGGGGCCACAGAUGGGAAAUCUCAACACUACCCAGUUUAGAGAGAUGCUCAUGAGACGGCAUCUCCAGCAGCAGCAGCAGCAGCAGCAGCAGCAGCAACAGCAACAGCAGCAGCAGCAGCAGCAGCAGCAACAACAGCAGCAGCAGCAGCAGCAACAGCAACAACAGCAACAGCAAAUGGGAGUAAAUCAUGGUCAGUUCCAGCAGCCACAGCCACCACAGGGGCAGGUCUACAUGGGACAACCUGGGAUGCAACCUCCCACAGUGGGACAGGGCCCAAAUGGAGGUCCACCUCUUGGCCCACAGCAGCCCGGUGGUCCCCCAAGCCAGCAGGGGCAAGGAUACCCAGGGUCGGUGGCCCAACAGCAGGCUACAGCUGCACUCCAGCAUAGGUUCCAGCACCAGCAUCACCUCCAGAUGCAGCAGCAGAAUGCCAUGGCUGGCCUAGCAGGGGGUGAUGCAGGACCAGGUGGAGGGGGUGUAGGAGGUCCUCAGCAGCCUCAGGGCCCUCAGCCCGCUCAAAGUGGCCCCCCACCUUCAUCUUCUCAGGCCCUGCUCCAACAGACACUCCACCAGAGGCUGCUCCAGCAGCAGCAGCAGCAUCUGGGCCCUGGGGGGUCACCAGCCCAGCACAGCAAUCCCAUGAGUCCUCAGCAGCCACAGCAGAUGGCCCAGUCCCCACACUUGCAGGGUCAGGUGCUGCCCACAUCCUUGGCUAACCAGGUGCGAUCCCCACAGCCCUCUCCCAGACCCCAGUCACAGCCGCCACACUCCAGCCCGUCCCCCCGCAUGCAGCCCCAGCCUUCCCCACAUCACAUCUCCCCCCAAAUGCAGACGGGUUCCCCACACCCGGGCCACCUGAACCAGCACCACCCAGGUAUGGUGGUCCCUCCACAACAACAGCAACAGCCAACAACCCAACAGCAGCAACAGAACUCUAUGGAGCAGUUUGGGUCGGACCAAAGCGGCAUGUUAUCUCAGCUGAGUGGCAUGGCUGGUCUCCACGGGCCGGGGGGCAGUGGUCAGGACGCACUGGGCCAGAAUAUGAGUCACAACCCUUUAGACAUCAUGUAGGAAUUCUACUUAAUGUGUCAAGUUGAGCUGAAACGCUCUGUGAUUCUUCGCACAAACUGCACUCACCCAGGACAGUGUUAUUGUUAUUACUUUGCCUUUCUUUUUUAUACUAUUAUUAAAUGUUAUUUAAAAUGUUUUCAAUAAAGACGCAUUGAACUGAACUUCCUAUGGGAGAUGAACAAUAAAUCAAGCAGUCGUUAAAUAAAUUAGAAUAAAUGAAUUGUAAGUUAUUGCUGUUAAUAUAUUUUUUUGCCAAUUGUGGACAAAGGGGGGGGGGGGUUUCUCUAGCAACCUCCUCACCUCCACCUCUUGCAGAUUAGAAGAAAGGUGAUAUUUUCGGGAGUUUGAGGGUAAAUAGGAGUUCUUGCCUUUUUUAAGAAAUGUUUUUAAGGUUUUAAACAUGGCCAAGAAUUAGAGGAAAUGAUUUAAUGCAGAGAACUUUUUUUAUUGGUUUUGUUUCCCAUCAUUCAUUAUGUCUAUUUCUGUUUUGCAGAGUGAUGUGGAUUAUUAUUAUUAUUAAUGUAAAUCCAAAAAUAAUUCAUAUCCUCCUUGGGUUUGCUUUAUUUAUUGUUUUCUUUUGGUGGGGGGAGGGUUGGGGUGUUAUGUACCCUGAGACUGCUACAAUUCGUAUAGAAAUAUAUUUUUGUUAUCGACUGUUAACAGCGGGGGGGGGUGUUUCAUUUCGCUGUAGAUGUCUUUAGUUGGGUCUGUUGAAAGCGGGAAUAAUUAUAUGUCAGUGUUUUAUUGCAGUGGUUGAGGGUCUGCUGUGAGUUUGAGAUGUUGAACGGACAUAUUGUGACGUCUCGGCCAGCAUCUGUGUUGGACAUCGGUCAUGCUGGAAGGGACUCUUCCCCUUGCAAACAUGCAAGCCCUCUCCCUCGAAUGUGUGUGCACUCCUUCCUUUAAAGACACUUAAUAUGGAGCAGUGGAGGCUGGGGGGAGGGGGGGUGCACAUACCUGUGUGCCUGUAACAUUUUGAAUACAUGGGCUGGGACGUGAAAAAAAUGGGUUGGGUGGGCUCCUUUUAAUGUUUUUAGGAUUUUGCUGUUUGGAGUAAACAGAGGAUUUUGAUCCAAAUGAACUGUGUUGCACAGAAAUGAGGAGAAAAGAGGAGAUGAGCAGCCAGUCUCCGUCUCUUUCUGCCUCGUCCCCUUUGCUGCUUUCCUUGGACUUUAAAUCCCCCCUUCCUCCUCCGCCACUGGGGGAAGUUGAUCUCCCUCCCCUUCCCCCAACUCUGUAUCUUUCUGCUAAGAACUUUGGGAGUUUAAUUUAAUAUUUUUUACUGUACAAAGGAAACAAACUGUGGACGCAAAUACUGUUUUUUAUAA